AUGUUUGAUUUUGUCACAUCUACUUCUGGUCAAGGUGAGUUCCCAACCAAUGGUAAACAAUUCUGGGAUGGUGUUAAAAACACUACUGACUUGGAUUUGUCUGGUAUUAGAUUUUCUGUUUUCGGUUUGGGUGACUCUCAAUAUUGGCCAAGAAAAGAAGAUAAACACUACUACAACAAACCAGCUAAGGAUUUGUUUGCUAAAUUGAAACUCUAUGGUGGUGUUGAAUUAGCCGACAUUGGAUUGGGAGAUGACCAAGAUGCUGAUGGCUUUGCUACUGGAUUCAAUGAAUGGAUUCCAAAGAUUUGGGCUGCUUUGGGUGUUGACAAUGUCGAAGGUGUUGAAGAACCAAAACCAAUCACCAAUGAAGAUAUGAAGUUGGGUUCUGAUUAUCUUAGAGGUACUAUUGUUGAAGGAUUGCAAGACCAAUCCACUGGUGCUAUUUCAGCAGUUGAUCAACAAUUGACCAAAUUCCAUGGUAUCUAUAUGCAAGAUGAUCGUGAUAUCAGAGACGAACGUAAAGCUCAAGGUCUUGAACCAGCUUACUCCUUUAUGGUUCGUGUUAGAUUACCAGGUGGUAUUGCUACUCCAAAACAAUACUUGAAAAUGGAUGAAUUGGCUGAUGAAAGAGGUAAUGGUACUUUGAAAUUGACUACCAGAGCUACUUUCCAAUUGCAUGGUGUUGUUAAACAUGACUUGAAACCAGCUAUUAGAGGUAUGAACUCUGCAUUGAUGGAUACUUUGGCUGCUUGUGGUGAUGUUAACAGAAACGUUAUGGUUUCAGCUUUACCCCACAACGCCAAGAUUCAUGGUCAAGUUGCUGAAGUUGGUGCUUUGAUUUCUGAAUUCUUAUUGCCAAGAACCACUGCUUACCACGAAAUUUGGUUACAAGGUGAAGAUGAAGGUGAUAAACCAGGUUACGCUGAAGCUUGGGAAAACCGUAAAGAAGGUCCAACUAAAAAGAAGACUUUGGUUGCUGGUAAUGUUUUGACUGAUAUUGAACCACAAUAUGGUGUCACUUAUUUGCCAAGAAAGUUCAAAGUUGUUAUUACUGUCCCACCAUACAACGAUGUUGAUGUCUAUGCCCAUGAUGUUGGUUUGAUUGCCAUUGUUGAAGACAAUGAAGUUAUUGGUUUCAACGUUUUAGCUGGUGGUGGUAUGGGUUCUACUCACAACAACAAGAAAACUUAUCCAAGAACUGGUUCUAUGUUGGGUUAUGUCAGUAAAGAUCAAGUUCACAUUGCUUGUGAAAAGAUUAUGUUAGUUCAAAGAGAUUUCGGUGACAGAACCAACAGAAAACACGCUAGAUUAAAGUAUACCAUUGAUGAUUUGGGUGUUGAAGUAUUCAAAUCCAAGGUUGAAGACUUGUUGGGAUACAAAUUUGACGCUCCAAAACCAUUCAAGAUUGAAUCCAACAUUGAUUACUUUGGUUGGUGUAAAGAUGAAUUGGGUUACAACCAUUUCACUACUUUUAUUGAAAAUGGUAGAAUUGAAGAUACUCCAGAGUUGCCACAAAAGACUGGUUUACGUAAAGUUGCUGAAUUCUUAGGUUCUGGAAACAGAUCUGGUGAAUUUAGAUUGACUGGUAACCAACAUAUCCUUAUUUCUAAUGUCAGUGAUGAAGACUUGGAUGAAGUUAAACAAUUGUUGGCUCAAUACAAAUUGGAUAACACUGAUUUCUCUGCCUUGAGAAAAUCAUCAGCUGCUUGUGUUGCUUUCCCAACUUGUGGUUUAGCUAUGGCUGAAUCCGAAAGAUACUUGCCAGUAUUGAUUACCAAAUUAGAAGAAGCUUUAGAAGAAUAUGGUUUGAGACAUGAUUCAGUUGUUAUGAGAAUGACAGGUUGUCCAAAUGGUUGUGCUAGACCUUGGGUUGCUGAAGUUGCUUUGGUUGGUAAAGCUUAUGGUGCAUACAAUUUGAUGUUGGGAGGUGGUCAUCAUGGUCAACGUUUGAACAAAAUUUACAGAUACUCCAUUAAAGAAGAUGAAAUCUUGGAAAUCUUGAAAAACUUGUUCAAGAGAUGGAGUUUGGAAAGAGAUGAAGGUGAACCAUUCGGUGAUUGGUGUAUUAGAGCUGGUAUUAUUGCUGAAACCACCGAAGGUAAAUAUUUCCAUGAUAAUAUCCCAGAAGAUGCAUAG